AUGAAUGCUAAAAUAGGACAUGAUACCUUAAAUAGAGAAAGAGUAACGGGCAAACAUGGACUUGUCAAUAUAAAUGAAAAUCGAGAUUUACUUGAAGAUUUUUGUGGAUAUGAUGACCUUGUUAAUGGAGAAACAUUAAACACAGAACACCAGGGAGAUGUUCCAAUUAUAGAACAGUUCGUAAUGGAACUAGACAUAGAUAUUGGAGAAGUGUCAAGGAAUGAGAUCAGGAAGGCAAUAGUCAAACUGAAGAACGGGAAAUCACCUGGAUUAGAUGGAAUACCAGCUGAAAUGGUCAAAACAGACAUAGAAAUUAGCAAAAGCAUGUUUCAUGAAUUGUUUAUACAUAUCUGGAGGCAUGACAUUAUUCCCAAUGAUUGGGCAAAGGGUCUUAUAAUAAAACUACUCAAGAAAGGAGACCGAUGUGAUUGCAACAACAGGCGUGGUAUAACAAUGCUGUCAGUAACAAGCAAGAUACUACUGAGAGAACUUUUAAUCAGAAUAAAUGAUAGUAUAUAUGAAAUUCUGACAAAAGAGCAGGCAGGGUUUUGA